AUGCCGCCGCUGUCAGCUUACACACCUUUUGAAUCUCUUCUCUUCUUCCAAUGUCUUGCGUCACUAAACACUCGUCCUGCGAAUUUCGCCGCUAUUUCAGAUACCUUGCGCAAAAAUCAGUUCAUCAAGGAAGAUGACGCUUUUGAUACGAAUCGAUUGACUCCGCAGGCUCUCGAGGAGCUAUAUACCACAUUGUUACAGGAAGGAAUCGACGAGUCCUUGGAUAAGAAUGGGUUACAAGAUGGAGGCAGCACCAACCCAAAGAAGCGCAAGAUUAUCAGCGGGGUUGGUGCCUCGCAGUCCCAUACUGCGAUUAUUCCAGAGCUCGUCACGCAACUUUACGCACGAUACAAGGAUCGCGUAACAAAGGAAAUCCGAGAAGAAGAGAAGAGAUAUAAAGAUAUUAGCCAGGAAAUUGAGAAAAUCCAAAAGGAUGCAUUGCAGGAACAGGCGGUACCUGCUGCGCCUGAACAAAAAGCUACGGCAGGKCUGGCAGGAGCUGCUGCUGAACAAGUCAGCGACGAAACAGAUCUGGACAUCAAGGAAGAUGCUAAAUUGGUGGAAAAAGCAGCUCCAACAGUCGCAAAAAUUACGGAAAAAGCUCGAGUCGAUGUGCAAGUUCCAGCACCGGGACCUCUGGAGCAAAAACCAGCUCCUCCACCCACAGUCGCAACCACGCCUCUUCCACCCAAGCCAGAACUCGCGCCGCCUACACCAGAUUUAAGCAAGCAACAGGUACCUCUACCGCCCGUACCUCUGCCACAAGUCGCACCACAGUUGCAAACUCCACAGCCCACACAACCUCCAAAAAUUCCGACACCACAACCACAACAAGUAUCACCCAAGCAAGCAACUCCUGGAGGUCACAUACCACCUGUCACUUCGACGCCUCCUAUUAGAUCAGCAAGCAAUGGCAAACCUCCUCCUUUGGCUCCACAGCCUCCAGCAAAGCAGCAGCUAUCUCCUAACAUUCAAGUCAAAGUACCGCCGCCUCCUCAACCACAGCGACAGUCGCAACCUCCGUCCCGUGGUGCAGCCAAUCGCAACCAACCCAAUCUUCCUCCCGGGUCAACAAUUGUUUUUCAGGCGCAACAAGGACCGAGUCAACCUGCGACACCGACAUCUCAACGUCAGGCUCACGCAGCCGGCCCUGGGUUGGGUAGAGGGACCCCUGUUCCUGUUGGCUCGCCAGCGUUUUCACAGCUACCACCGGGUCAACAGCAAUUUCAGCAAUGGGUUCCGCAUCCUCAAGCAGGUGUAUUUCCUGCGACACCCCAUGCGCCUCCGCCGUAUAAAAACCAGCCUAUGAUGCCUAAACAGGGUACUUUUGUUCCGCACGACUCUACGGGAAAGCCAGUACCGAUCGCACCACAGGGCCAUGGCCCAGCUACCCCCGGUCCUUUCCCUCAUCCUAUGCAGACACCUAUGGCCCAGAUACAUCCACAGGCUACACCAAUCACGGCAACCCCGUCUUUAUCGGGCAUGAAGCCAAGGCCGCACCGUCCAUCAAUGGAUACAGCUGGAUCGCUUACGCCUUGGAAACGCACUCCAAACUUACACAUCAAUAUUCCGGAAACUCCUGGGUCCCCACCACGACCAAGACCUGAAGAUGUCAGUCCCAUUAGCGAAAGGGCUCCCUCACCAACCGAGCCCGUCGCGCCCACUGUCAAAGAGCAGAAGAGGCGUGGCCGGGGUAGGAAGCAAAGUGUACCGCCUGAAGCCGAAGUAGUAGCUACCAAGGCAGUGACAGCCACUUCUGGAACGAAGCGUGCUGGUAGUACCGCAUCUACCAGAAGUAGGGCACGAUCAAUUAUGUCUCGGGAUGAUGAAUCAGCUAGUGAAUUGGCAACAGCUCAGCGGAGAAUUAAGCAUGAGGCCCCGCCAACGCCUGCAGGAGUUGCGGAUGAUGUCGAGGUAGAAACGAGAGCUGGCACUCGGCGCAAAGGAGUUGCCGGCGAUGACACUCAGAGCAAAUCAAGGGGUAAACGAAAACGCGGCGCCAGUGAAGCCUUGGAAGCUGAUAUGAUUCAACCAACUCCUUCUCGUGGCGUAUCAUCUCAGCUCGUUUACUGUACUCGAAAUUUUACACGAACGGGCGCUCCCAUCAUGAAUGACGUUGCUGCUCACAAACACGCUUCAAUCUUCGCCAAACCACUGACCGAACGAGAAGCCCCUGGGUAUAAAGAUCUAAUAUAUCGACCACAAGACUUGAAAUCGAUCAGGGGAGCACUCAGUCAGGGAAACAGAGCUGUCGCCGCUGCAACUGAGGCUGCCGCUGCAGAAGGAGAAUCACCCAUGCCAUCAGGCACACCGUCCAAGAACACUGCUUGGCUCGCAAAGACCUCCGAACUCAUCCCUCCCAAGGCUAUAGUCAACUCGUCUCAACUCGAAAAAGAGUUGAUCCGUAUGUUCGCCAACGCCAUCAUGUUCAACCCAGCUCCCGACGCCGAACGAGGAUUUGGACCAUCUUUUCGGAUGAUCAGACACGGCCAAUCCUCUGCCACAACGAGAUCUAGUUCUCAUCCAUGGGAUAUGGAUGAAGGAGGCAUCAGCCGUGAUACACGGGAGAUGUGUGAUGAUGUAGAGAAAGCGGUUACGAAGUGGCGCGCAGCAGAGCGGACAACUACGACUGAUGAACAGGCUAAUAAGAGUAUGCUUUCUUUGCGAGGGAGCAGUGGUGAUAGCAAUGUGGAUGCUAUGGAUGAAAAAUAG